AUUACACUUGUUAGUAGUUGUGUUUCAAUAUUCAUCCAGUUCGAACGAAUAUUUCAUAUUAUACUUUAUGGAAAAUAAUUAUUCUUUUGAACUUACUUUUGUGAAUUAUUUAUAGUAAAAUAUGCUUUCGUCGUGCUUUGGAUUGCCGCUGAGGACAGGAACAAGUAUUAUAGCAAUUAUAAAUUCGAUUGCAUCGAUUUGUUAUAUUUGUUAUUACGUUUGGGAAUACAACGUAAGUUAUGAAGUCACAAAGGAAAAUAAAAUGAUAGACGCCAGUCCACUUGAUCAGAUAGUACAAGCUACAGACGAAGUUUUUUUGAAUUACAUCACAUUAGUUUUUAUGCUCGUCGGAUUUACUUCACUGUUCGCGAGUUUUGGCUUGAAACAAUCAACAUCGUAUAAUGCUGCUCACAAGAUUUAUCUGUGGCUUUUGAUUGGCUGUGUUCAAUUUGGUACGGUUGUCACCAUUGAAAUUGUAGUGCUAUUUAAACACACAACUUUCGUCCAACAUAAUAUACCCGGAUUCUUCUUAUGUUUUGUGCUCAUUGACGCUGCUUUAGUAUACCAGCUUUUAGUAGUACAGUCGUUCUAUAAAGAAGAGAAAUUAAUCGAAGAGACCAAUUACAGUAGACUGCGUUCAGAUUUGACAUCACAGAUUGAACAACACGACGAAGAAGAAUUUCAAAAUAUAGAUCUUUAAUAUAUCUUUAAUCCUUGUAUUAUUUUUGUUUCUGACAAAAAUGCCUAAGCACUACCUUUGUAAUAAAGGCACAUAUUAUUAUUUUAAAUUUAUGAUUUUGCAAAAUUGUUGCAAACUGACUAAUGAACUAUAGUCAACAUUACACUGAGCUUUUAAAUGUUA